UAAUAGGUUUUUCUGGAAUCAGUCUUUGCAUUUGCAUCUCAAGCACUAUGGUGUGAAUUGUGAUGACUGGUUAUUACGCCUCAUGUGUGGGGGAGUUGAAAUCAGAACAAUUUAUGCUGCUCAUAAACAGGCAAAGGCUUGCAUCAUUUCAAGAUUAAGCUGUGAACGAGCUGGAACCAGGUUUAAUGUCCGGGGAACAAAUGAUGAUGGUCAUGUCGCCAAUUUUGUAGAAACAGAACAGGUUGUGUACUUAGAUGACUCUGUUUCUUCUUUCAUACAAAUUCGGGGCUCUGUUCCAUUGUUCUGGGAGCAACCAGGGUUGCAAGUAUGUGUUUGA